AUUUUGGGUAACUGCGCAUGGCUGCUGAGAGAAGAGCUUCAGCAGCUGUUAGCGAUUUCGCAGUUGAAAGCAUCACGGAUAUCAAAGAUUCUUUCAACAGGCAUCUGCAUUUUGACGUUGUUAAAGACAGAAAUGUGGCCACUCCCAGGGAUUUCUAUCAGGCGCUGGCACACACUGUAUGGGAUAAGCUUUGUUCCCGUUGGAUACGUACUCAACAAUUUCACAGAAUGAACGAUCCAAAACGUAUAUACUACCUUUCCAUGGAGUUUUGCAUGGGUCGCACUCUCUGCAACACGAUGCUCAACGUAGGCAUUGCGUCGGCGGUGGAUGAAGCCUUAUACCAGUUAGGCUUGAAUAUCGAAGACCUCGUGGAUAUCGAACAGGAUGCAGGGCUGGGGAACGGUGGUCUGGGGCGACUGGGUGCCUGUUUCUUGGAAUCCAUGGCGACCUUGGGACUUGCUGGGAUGGGAUACGGCAUUCGAUACGAACAUGGGGCGUUUCAUCAGGUCAUUGAAAAUGGAUGGCAGUAUGAAGAACCAGAUGAGUGGCUCCAGUAUGGUAACCCUUGGGAAAAGGAGCGACCAGAAUCCACGCAACUUGUCCAUUUUGGAGGUCAUGUGAUUGAAAAGGAUAAAGGUCAACGAAAAUGGGUCGAUACUGAGGUGAUCACAGCUGUAGCUUACGACACCCCGAUUCCCGGUUACAGAAACAAUACGUGCAACACUUUACGGCUUUGGGCCGCCAAGGCUUCCAGAAGCUUCGAUUUGAAAACCUUCUUUCAUGGAGACUACAUCAAUGCCGUUCUCGACAGAAAUCAGGCAGAGAACAUUUCCCGAGUCUUGUACCCCAUCGAUCAUAACUACGAAGGAAAACAACUGCGGCUUCGUCAAGAAUACUUUUUAGUGUCGGCCUCUGUACGGGACAUUAUUCAAAGAUUUCGGGAAGUCACGCCUCAUCGCGACCUUUUCGAAUUACCGUACAAGGUUGCGAUCCACAUCAAUGACACGCACCCUGCAUUGGCGAUUCCAGAACUAAUGCGAAUACUACUCGACGAGGAACAUCUUCUUUGGCGCGACGCUUGGGAUAUCUGCUACCAGACAUUCACGCAUACAAAUCAUGUGGCGCAGACUGAAGCCCUGAAGCACUGGUCGGUGGAGAUGCUGAAGACAAUGCUUCCAAGACACAUGCAGAUUAUUGAGAAAAUCAAUCGAGACUUUAGCCAGAUGAUCUAUCGACGAUGGCCCAAUGACCCAAGCCGUUUCCAACGUAUGUCUAUUCUCCGAAUGACGGACCGACCGAUUGUCAGUAUGGACCACUUGUGUAUCGUGGGUUCCCACUGUGUCAACGGCGUAUCAGCAGUGCAAACGAAUCACCUGAAAACAGUGCUUUUCAAGGAUUUUGCCGAACUUUGGCCCAGAAAAUUCGUAAACAAAACCAACGGGAUCACCCCACGACGAUGGCUGUUGUUAUGCAACCCUGGUCUUGCAGAUUUGAUCAUGGAUGCCCUCAAAGGUGAUGACACUUGGAUCAACAAUAUGCUGGCACUUCACCGUUUGAGGACACUGUCCGAAGAUAGCAAUAUUCGUCUUGGACUGAUGCGCGUGAAGAUGGAUAACAAAAAUCGUUUUGCCGAGUACAUGAAACAUCGCCGAAAUAUAUUUGUUGACCCCAGUACGUUAUUUGACGUGAUGGUGAAACGUGUGGAUGAGUACAAGCGCCACCUGCUCAUGUGCCUGUAUGUCAUGACCCUAUAUAACCGCCUAAAGGCAAAUCCUCAAAUCGACAUUUGUCCACGUACUUUCAUCAUUGGCGGGAACGCUGCUCCAGGGCAUCAGAUGGCAAAAAUGAUAAUAAAACUGAUCAAUUCAAUCGCACGGACGAUCAACUACGAUCCCCUCGUAGCCGGACGCUUGAAGCUGGUAUUCUUGUCCAACUACCGUGUUUCCGUCGCUGAGCGUGUGAUUCCUGCAGCUGACUUGUCCGAACAAAUUCCCUGUGUUGGUACAGAAGCCGCCGGGACAGGGAACAUGAAAUUUAUGCUUAAUGGGGCACUGACAAUCGGUACCAGAGACGGUGUAAAUGUAGAGAUAUUUGAAGAAAUCGGUCAGGAGAAUGCGUUCAUAUUCGGAAGGACACUGGAUGGGGUCAAGCUCUUGCGAUCCAGAGGUUACGACCCACGGAAGUUCAUUAUGAGCAAUCCCGAACUGAAUCAUUGCUUGGAGCAGAUCCGCACCGGUUAUUACAACCCAGCAGAACCCGAACUGUUCCAGGAACUGUACGAGAAGUUGCUCAACGAAGACCGAUUCCUGAUCUGCGCGGAUUACGAAGACUAUGUACGGGCACAGACUGAAGUGGAUCAAGCCUUUCGAAAUGAAGAACGAUGGUCAACCAUGGUUUUGAAUAACAUAGCGGGCGCCGGGAAGUUCUCCUCAGAUCGCACUAUAUCCGAAUAUGCGACCGAAAUGUGGAAUGUCGAGCCGACAGAGGCGAAGCUCCCGCCUCCUUCAGAACCAAUGAUCAACCAAAAGCAUCCACGAUUUUAUAUCGGUCCAUAAACUCUCCCCAGUGGCAACCAGCACCAAUGUGUGUCCGGCUUUCCUUUAUACAUUUCGAUGAUUCGCUGUAAACCCACCAAUCACACGAUUUCUCACUUACAGAUUCUCUAUCGAUUUUACCAACCGGUCUUUAAUUUAUGAGAUUACUCUUUGAUGCUGACGAUCGAUUUUUUUCGGCGCUCUUUUGCAACGCAAAGAGAGUAAUCCUGAUGUAAACAUUGUAUUUAGAAAUGUAAAAAAACAUGUCCGCAAUGUGU